AUGGAUUAUCAGUUGCUACAUAUAGUUGCACUUCUGACGGUGAUAGCAUUUGGAGGAGACAUAUGGAGAACUACAAAAGCGUGCAGUUCAGAUGACUUGGAAGGAUUGAUGGGAUUCAAGAAUGGAAUUCAGAUGGAUACAUCUGGUCGUUUGGCAAAGUGGGUUGGUAAGAGCUGUUGUGAGUGGGAAGGUAUUGUCUGUGAAAAUGCAACCACUAGAGUGACACAAAUCCAUCUCCCAGGGUUCAUUGAUAAAGAUUUAUUUCAAACCCAGAUGAUGGGUCAGCUUUCUCCUUCCAUAACACUCCUCACCUCUCUUGAAAUCCUUGACCUUGGUGGUUUGGUAGGCCUCACUGGAACAAUUCCUCAAACAAUUGGUUUGCAACUGCCAAAGCUACAAAAGCUAUACCUUUAUGGCAACAAUUUAGCUGGCCCAGUACCAGAAAGCAUUGGUGAGUUACCAAACCUCCAGGAACUGGCGCUGCAUGAAAAUAGGAUAUCUGGGUCGAUCCCUUCUAGCCUUGGAAGCUUAAAAAACCUCAAAAGAUUGCUUCUUUAUUCAAAUCAAAUUUCAGGUACAAUACCCCUCUCACUUGGGAAUUUGACCAAUUUGGUAGAACUGGAUGUUCAUGACAAUGCUCUUACGGGUCAUGUACCCAAUAGCAUUGGCCAGAUACAGGCUCUGGAAAAGCUUGAUCUUUCAAGCAAUUUGCUAAGUGGGAACAUACCUUCUUCACUAACUAAUUUAACUGCCAUUUCAGUUUUGUAUAUGGACACCAACUAUCUUGAGGGAACCAUCCCAUUUCCCUCAAGAUAUGGUGAAAUGCCUUCUCUGGGCUUCUUAAGACUCCAUGAUAACCAUCUUAAUGGAAAUAUACCUGAGAAUCUUGGCUACCUGGUUUCUCUUCAAAGAGUUUCAUUAUCAAGCAACAAACUUGAAGGAGCAUUGCCUUCUAGUUUGGGAAAUUUGCUUUCUUUGACAGAGCUUUACCUCAGUGGCAACUUCUUCUCUGGCCAAAUACCAAAAUCAAUAGGCCAACUUUCUCAGCUCAUAUUGUUGAACAUUUCCAUUAACUUGAUUGAAGGGCCAUUGCCUCAAGAGAUGUCUUCCCUUCAAAAUCUUCAAACAGUUGACCUUUCUUUCAACCCUCUGAACCUCUCUACCAUCCCAGAAUGGCUGACAAACAUGUCAUCGCUUUCCCGCAUUUACUUUGCAGGCUGUGGUAUCCAGGGCAAAAUUCCAGACUUUUUGCAAACAACUCACAGUCCAAUUCAGGAACUGGACUUGUCAGUGAACCUUUUCAGUGGAAGCAUACCAUUAUGGAUAGGAUCCCUCAGUAAGCUCUACUUGUUAAAUCUCUCAAGGAAUUCUCUUGAUUCAUACAUCCCAGCUUCUGUUACAAACUUGCAUGAUCUUGGUGUUCUUGAUCUUCACUCAAAUAAGUUAACAGGCUCCAUAGCUGGAGUGUUUCACAUUGAACAAGGUACUUUUGGGGGAUCACUAACAUAUAUUGAUCUUUCUGAAAACAACUUCACAAGUGGAGUUGAGGAAAUUGGUAUUGGAGGACAGUUUAAUAUUCAGUUUCUGAAUUUGUCUCAUAACUUCCUGAAGGGUACAUUGCCAAGUUCCCUUGGGACUCUGAGUUCAAUUCAAAGUUUGGAUUUGAGCUUCAAUGAGUUAGCCUCCGACUUGCCAGAGGAGCUGGCAAAGCUAAACUUGUUGGAGAGACUCAAGCUGCAAAAUAAUCACUUCAGUGGUAAUAUACCCAAUGGAUUUCUCAAGUUGAUAAAUCUGAAGGAAUUGAAUUUAUCAAACAAUGAACUUGAAGGGGAAAUUCCAGAGGGUAAACCUCUAAUUGACUUUCCUGCGAGUUCUUAUUCUGGAAAUAAAGAUUUGUGUGGGAAGCCUCUCAGUCCCUGUAAACUUUGA